AAGAAAAAAGAGGAGGGAAAAAAGACAACUCCACUCUCCAGUCGAAGAAUGUUCCCGUUAUCAUGUCUGACUCCCAGUGUUCCUUCAACCAGUGCUACCUCUUCUUACCUGAGGCAGACAAUACAGGCUCAAAUAGAACCCAAACCCUUCCAAACCAGUUUUGACCUAGGCACUUGCUCUGCAACCCACAGAUUGUCUACAACACUCGCCAGCUAUAACCCAGUUAUAAACGGUUCAGGCUACCAUGGACUGGAGCAACAAUGUAUUGGAAAAGUAGGAAACACCUCACACCUUGGGAUGAACCCACAGGCAGCUGGAGCGGGAAGUGACUCUGGCUUGUCUGCAUCCCAGAGUGGAGGGGCAGAUACCUCUACUUACCAAGGGAUAAACCACCAAACUGCUGGUAGUGCAGAGAGUUCUGGAUACUUUGGAGUGACCACAGGGUGUUUGAGUGGUUUGCAAAACCAUCUUGGUGCUGGAAAGUUAGGCAGUUUAGGGAACAUAGCUCAGCAGCCAAGCAGUGGAGGUAUGGUAAGCCCUGGUUGUUUGCCUCAACAAAAUAUGGGAAGUUCUGGAUAUUUGGCCCAACCACAGAAUUUAGGAAGUUCAGGAUAUCUGGGACAGCAAUCUAAUUUGGGAAGUUCUGGAUAUUUGGCACAACAGCCUACUGUGGGGAGCGCUGGGUAUUUGGCACAACAGCCUAAUCUGGGGAGCUCUGGGUAUUUGGCACAACAGCCUAAUCUGGGGAGCUCUGGGUAUUUGGCACAACAGCCUAAUCUGGGGAGCUCUGGGUAUUUGGCACAACAGCCUAAUCUGGGGAGCUCUGGGUAUUUGGCACAACAGCCUAAUCUGGGGAGUUCAGGAUACCUAGCACAGAAUUACCAGAGCAGUGGUGGAUUAGGAAGCUUGGGCUUUUUGGCACAAAAUAAUUACAGUAGUGGAAGUCUGGGUAGCUCUGGUUUCCUGGCCCAGAGUGGAGGCAUCAUGGACCCUAAAAUGGCUUAUGCAUGGCAGCACCUGAAAGCUGACUUCAUGCAGCCCAGGAUCAACCACAUCCACAAAGCUAUAAAUCCUCUCUUAGAGGCCAGCAGACUGCAGCGAGAACAGUUUGGUGAUAUCCCAAUGGCAGACAUGGUGGGACCAGAAUCAGGACUGGAGCUUCUCCAUGGUCGUCUCCAGAGGGAUCCCCGUGGUAGUCGCUCUGAUCCGCAGAUGGACCAUCUGAGGCGGGAAAGGGAAUACAAGCUGGGAAGACAGACAUCUAGUGAACAGGAAAUCCAGGCCAGGCUGAAUGAACUACCGCUGAUAGUGCGCCAGGAACGUUACAGAAGACGCAUAGAGCGGCAGUCAUCCAGUGAACAAGAGGGGAGCAACAAGCAGAGGAUACAGAGACAGGACUCAAGUGACUUGGAGGGCUCUGUGAAGGAUGGCUCUGACAAACGCUCAGGGGAGAAGAGAUCUACCAUGGCAGAAAUUGUAGAACAAGUCCAGGAAAGAGAGGCAGCACAUGCACGCGGAGAGCCUUAUCGUCCUCCCAGCAGCCUCUCAGCACCUGUAACUCGUUUUGAUGGACGCCCCCGUGCCCGAGACCGUCCAAAACCAAGGAGGCGGCCCCGUCCAAAAGAACCCGAGACAACUCGUCGAUCUCGUUCAGCUCCAGCAACUGGUGCCCCAACUACACCUCAGCCUCCAUCACACACUGCCCAAAAUGAAGGCUUCCUCUACCGUAAAAAGGCCACUAGUACUGACCUUGAAGCUCAGCAGAGGAGCCCUACCAGCAAAUCGUGGGUGAACGUAUAUUGUGUGCUGAAAGAGGGAAAGUUGACUUUCUAUAAGGAUGCUAGGAACCAUACUACAACAUACAAUGGGGAGCCUCCUCUUGACUUGAGUGACUGCUCAUUUGAUCCUUCAAUGGGCUACAAGAAGAAGAAAAACGUCUUCAUACUCCAAGUAAAUGAUGGAACCAAUUUUGUAUUCCAUGCUAAAGAUGAGGAGGACCUUAAGGCGUGGACUUCAAAUAUCACUGCAAGUAUUGCUGAGCAUGAGGCCAUGGUCAAGUGGGACAAGCCUGGCACGUCAUCCAUGGACCCUGACCACUCAGAGAGAAAGGAGAAGUCAGAGGGGGACGCAGAUGCCAGGUCAGAGAGGUCAGAGCUGGUGGAGGGGGAGGAGAGGUCCGAGAAAGGCGAGGGUUCUGAAAAGUUAGACACAUCUGAAAUUGCUGACAAGUUGGAGGCAGGAGCGGGGGGCUCCAGCACAUCUGGGAGAAGCAAAUGAGGAAUCCCUUUGUGUUUUAAUGUUAUUGUUAAAUGUCACUGACAAAAGGCAAAGGAAGCAGAAGGUGGAAGGGAGGGAUAGAUGGAGAGCAUGUUUGCAGACCCUCCAUCACAGAGGCUAAACACACUGAGGCCACGGUACUUGGACUGACUGCUGUAACUGUGACAGACUAAUCUCUCAGCCCCCUCCCCCGCUUCCCCCAGGCCAUACAUCCGUGCUUGCAUAGUGCCACCUGCUGGUUGAAACAGAGAUCAGUCCAGACAGACAGACAGUCUCCAACAAAUGGUCCCAGGAAUCAGUCACUGUCACUUUCUAAUGCUGAUUGUUUGAUCUAAUGAAUUCACAACAUCUUUCUGUAUGUAUCUUUGAAAAUGUAAUGCUCUGUCUAUCAAGACAAGUCCGGAAAGUGGUGAAUGAAAUGUUUCACAAUAAUAUGGAAGAAAAAAACAUGUUUUUUGAAGCAAUAUAUUUUAUUUUUAUUUAAGGGGACGAAACAAAAAGCAAUUUAAGAAAAUGGAAGUUAUGAUUUGUCACUUAAACUUUCUCCAGGCAGUUGUGCACCUUACCACUUGACACAUCUGUACAGUAAACAUGACAUUUAUCCCCAUCACAUGGCUAGCUUUGGAUCAUGUUAAUAUAUUGGAAUGCUGGUGUCACCACGUAACUUCAGUGGAAUCAAUGAAAACACAUUUCUACGGUUUCAUUUUGGUUCUUAUUAUGACUAUUAUUAAACUUAUUUGUUCAUGCUGUUUUAUGUGUCAAGAAAAGAGAAUCAAGCUAAUUUCAACCCAUUAACCCAAGGUGUGUAACACUAAGCCUAUGGAACACAAUGCCUUUGUAUACAUGACAAAACUUGGAACAUUGCAUGAAAUGGUCUGUUACUGCACCUGUUGAACUUGCCUUUAUUUUUGUGAUCUUGACACAGAAUGGGCAAUGUGGGAGUUGCAAUAAUUUAACGUGAGCUCGGGUUGAGAGAGGGGUGGAGUUGACAUGAAGUUUCAAAAGCAGGGUUCGUCUUUUGCAUACUGAGUAACAAAUAGGUGUCUGUUUGGAACAAGGAAACAACAGCUUUCUGAAGCCAAACAGCCCCUCUGCUGUCUGUAAUGUGUUUAAUUUAGUGAUGUGUGCAAUUUAGUUUACACAGAAUGUACUGAUAUCAGCUGUGCAAUGUUCAAUCACCACCAGACAAGUAUGGGGUGCCCUAAAUUGUAACUCCCUGAAGCCGUGCUCUUCGUCCCAUGUCUUUUCAUUCUGAGUUUAAACCGAUUGAAGCCUCUCCAGCAAAGGCGAGUUCAUUGAAAAACUGUCAUGAAUUGUAUAUACCUAACUUUGUAUGUAUACCAGUAAACCCUGUGCUCUAAAUAAAACAACUCUGAGCUCAUAACUGAAGUGGGUAAAACUUAAGCAUUUAUUUUAAGCCACAAAGAGAAACAUGUAUUGAUGUUUAUCACAUUUAAAUGAAAAAUAUGCAAAUUAGGACUCUCUAUUAAUUCUCAUAGAGCGUAUAUAUAAAUACACCAGUACAGUAUCUAGUUCUAUUAAAAACCCUUUACUAGGGAGGAGCAGCAGGACAUCCUGUCUGUAUGCUUCUUGUAUUUUUCUAUGCCUGUAUUGAUUCAUGUCUGAUUCAGAAGUUUUGUCCCCAAGAAGAUCUGGUUGAUUAGGCUGAUUGAGUGCUCAGUGUGUCUGUUACAGAAGAGCUAAAUGUGUGUAUUACAAACCUAACCAGCCUGCUGCAGGUGGCAUAAGGUAUGGUAUACUGUGAAUGCGGAGAUGAACAGGCAUUGGUCCACUUCCUGUUUGUCAUGUGAGAUUUUUUUUUUUUACACGUGAUUACAAAUAAACAUUCUGUAAUGUCAAUAAAAUGUGGUUUGAAUUGCAGUGUUAAAGACGGAGCUCCACAUCCACUGUGCAGUAACAGGCAGCAGCUCAGAUUUUGUUCAGAUUCUCGUGUUAUGCUGUUGUUUUCCAUGUUCCAUCAUGUCAUUCUGCACAUCUCUUGUGUAAAAUGACUUCUAAAAUGUCUUCCUUUUAAAGACAAAACACUAAACGUAUGUCUGAGAUGCAGCACUGUUUGAAUCCACUGUCAUGAAGAUUGUGGUAUAUCUAUCUACACUGCUGUAAUUUUGACAAUAAGAAUCCAGUGCUUUCAUUUGUAAGCUAAUGUUUAGUUUUUACAUAAGUGCCAUGUCAUGCAGUCUAGUCUAACAGCGAUUCACAGGAGGUCAUUCUAAUCUAAACAUGACUGACAGUCAUUGCAAAACCUAUUUUUAAAAGAAUUAGGAACAGCAGUAUUUUCCUGUGGCUGUGAUUGUCAUGGUCUGUGGCAGAUAUUAAGCCCACAUCAACAUGUGCAUUUGAAGAGUUUGCUUCCCACCACCUUUAUGAAACACACAGGGGAUAUUUACCACUAUGUUAAAACAGAGAGCCAGAAUUAGAUAGGCAGCAUAAUCCAAGACUGGAGACAGAAAUAAUGUGCAAACUUUGUUGACUUCAUUGAUGGUCUUACAAGUGUGUAUGUCUUUGUUACUUUACAAUACAACUUGCUGCUAUGACAUUAAAUAAAUCUCCAAACUUGCUGAGACAAA